CACAUUCUGAGCUGUUGAUUGAUAAUUACUGAAUCAUGAAGGCAGAGAAACUAUCAAGGAGCAGUGAAGUGUCCAAUGUGGUUUUGGAUUUUUCUGUAAGGACUGCGACUACACAUACGCCACAGUUUUUGGGUCUGCCACAGGGAGCAUGGUUUCAAGAGGGAGGGUUUGAAACUGCUGGAGAAGGAGUUGUUAUUGGGUUUGUUGACACUGGCAUAGAUCCAACACAUCCUAGUUUUGGUGAUAGUAAAUCUAAUCAUCCAUAUCCUGUUCCUGGUCAUUUUUCUGGCAUCUGUGAGGUUACUCGCGACUUUCCAUCUGGUUCUUGCAAUAGGAAGCUUGUUGGGGCCCGCCACUUUGCUGCUUCAGCCAUAACCAGAGGAAUAUUUAAUUCAACUCAGGACUAUGCUUCUCCCUUUGAUGGUGAUGGUCAUGGCACGCAUACAGCAGCUGUUGCAGCAGGAAACCAUGGGAUUCCAGUCAUUGUUGCUGGACAUCACUUUGGAAAUGCUAGUGGGAUGGCUCCUCGUUCACACAUUGCUGUUUACAAGGCAUUAUACAAGAGCUUUGGAGGAUUUGCUGCAGAUGUCGUUGCAGCAAUUGACCAGGCAGCUCAGGAUGGGGUUGACAUAAUAAGCUUGUCAAUUACUCCUAAUAGACGUCCUCCUGGUGUGGCAACUUUCUUCAAUCCAAUAGACAUGGCUCUGCUGUCGGCUGUGAAGGCCGGUAUUUUUGUCGUGCAAGCAGCAGGAAAUACUGGACCAUCACCAACAAGCAUGUUCUCCUUCAGUCCAUGGAUCUUUACUGUUGGUGCUGCCUCUCAUGAUCGGGUUUAUAGCAACUCCAUAUUUCUUGGAAAUAAUGUGACCAUACCUGGAGUUGGUCUUGCUCCUGGUACAGAUGAAAGCAAACUUUAUAAACUGAUUCAUGCACAUCAUGCAUUGAGCAAUAAUGACACAACGGUUGCUGAUGAUAUGUAUGUUGGUGAGUGCCAAGAUGCAAAUAAGUUCAACAAGGAUUUGAUCAAGGGGAACCUCUUAAUGUGCAGCUAUUCAAUUCGAUUUGUGCUGGGACUCUCCACCAUCAAAAGAGCCUCAGAAACAGCCAAAAAUCUUAGUGCAGCUGGUGUUGUCUUCUAUAUGGAUCCCUAUGUGAUUGGUUUUCAGCUUAACCCUGUUGCAAUGAAAAUGCCAAGCAUAAUAAUUGCUUCCACUAAUGAUUCCAAGAUUUUAAUGCAAUACUACAAUUCUUCAUUGGAAAUAGAUGCCGUUUCAAAGAAAAUUGUUAAAUUUGGGGCUGCUGCCAGUAUCUGUGGUGGACUAAAAGCGAAUUAUGGCAGUGCUGCACCCAAGGUAAUGUAUUACUCUGCCAGAGGACCAGAUCCACAAGACAGUCUUCCUCAUGAAGCAGACAUUUUGAAACCCAACUUGUUAGCUCCUGGAAGUUUUAUAUGGGCUGCUUGGAGUUCUGUUGCUGCUGAUUCCGUUGAGUUCCUAGCAGGUGAGAAUUUUGCAUUGAUGUCUGGCACAAGCAUGGCUGCUCCUCAUGUUACUGGUCUUGCUGCACUAAUUAAGCAAAAGUUCCCGAGUUUUAGUCCUGCAGCCAUUGGAUCUGCACUUUCCACUACAGCUUCUCUGUAUGACAAGAGUGGUGGGCCAAUAAUGGCUCAACGAUCGUAUGCCUCUCCUGAACUAAACGAGUCUCCAGCAACUCCUUUUGACAUGGGAAGUGGUUUUGUGAAUGCAAGUGGAGCACUGAAUCCUGGUUUGAUUUUUGAUUCCGGUUAUGAUGAUUAUAUGUCAUUUCUAUGUGGCAUCAAUGGUUCAUAUCCUGUGGUGCUAAACUACACUGGUCAAAAUUGUGGACUCUACAAUUCCAGUGUGUAUGGUCCUGAUCUGAACCUGCCCUCAAUCACUAUAUCAAAGCUGAACCAAUCUAGAAUAGUGCAGAGGACAGUCAAAAACACUGCUCAAAAUGAAUCAUACAGUGUUGGUUGGACUGCUCCUUAUGGAGUUUCAUUGAAAGUGUUUCCAACUCACUUCAGUAUUGGCAGUGGUGAGAAGCAGAUAUUGUCUGUGCUCUUGAAUGCAACAGUUAACAGCUCUCUUUCCAGCUUUGGGAGAAUUGGGCUGUUUGGGAAUCAAGGUCAUGUGCUAAACAUUCCAAUUUCAAUCAUGGUUAAAAUCUCAUCUAACACCACUACAAGUUAAUUGGGUAUCACUGAUUUAUUUUGAGGAAAAAUUUAGAUAGUGGUUUUUUAGGAUGCUUUUUGAAUGUUAUUCUUGAUUCAGAAUCAGAGUCUUAUACGAGAAUAACAUUGAAACUGUCUAGGAUUCAUCUUAGCUUUUGUUCUUCAUGUUUCUUUUCUUUUUGCUUGCCUAUUUUUUCAUUCAUUAUCAUGUAAAGAAGUUAAAGGUUCUUGUAUAGAUACUUAUAAAUGUGAUCAGUUCCUGAUUGUUCUGCA